AUGGCUGACGUGCUGACCCUGGGCACUGCGGACCCGCAGAUCCUCGUGAGGUACGAGAACGAUUCGCAGGUGCUAGAGAGGCGGGCGCCGUUCCCGCCGCACUUGGCGAACCAGGUCUACGCUCGCGACCCCAUCGCGGGCGCGGCGCUGGCCGGCUACCGGCGCAGGGCGAAGAUGCAGGGCCAGCUGCUGGGGGUCGGCCAGGUCGACGCCGCGGAGCGGAUGAUCUGGGUGUUCGCAGAGGCUCGUUCGGCAAGGUUCGGCGAGGUCGUGGACACUGCGCUGAUGGACGACGACGCUCGCUGCGCGAGCUUCGACACGAAGGGCGCGGUGGUGCUGGAUGGCGAGGAGUUCUUUGUGCAGAAGAUAGCGGCUAGCGGCCUGGCGGACUUCAAGAAGGAGACGAAGACCGACCUAGGCGACGUCCGCACGCUCGGCGACCACACGGACGACGCUGGGCAGCGGGCCCUCCACUUGACGGAGGCGGUCGCCCUCGUGCGCGACACCGAGCAGAAAGGCUUCCCACUGGCCGGAAUCAGGAGCGUGAAGGCGGAGUGGGGGCGUCUCAGCGGCGUAGGCGAGGGGUCGACCGUCAACCACGUGCAUCGGAACUUGUGCGAGAUGAUUCGUCUCACGCAUUCCUGGGACCAGGUCGACCUGUCGAUGAUGGCGUCGGCCGAGCUCAUCGUGCGCUGGCUGAUCCAGACGGAGAUAGCGGUGGAAAGGACCCCUCGGCACCCCGACUACAGUGGCCUCGACAUAGUCAUAUCCGCGCCCGUCAACGCCGUGGGCCGCGCCUCGACCUCGAAGUUCAACUCCUGGGUCACCGACCGCCUCAAGGAGAGGGCCGCCAUCUGGAAACAAGAGCGGCUCUAUCGUGAAGAGCAAAAGCAGACGAGGAAGGGCGACGGCAAGAAGGGUGGAGAUGACGACGGAAAAGGUCCGAAGAAGAAGAAGGGGAAGGACGCCGGCGCCAGAG